GAGAGCUCACAUCUUUGAACACUCCACAAGCUUUUUGGGUUUUAUUUUCUAUUUUAUUUUGUUUUGUUUGAAGUCAUUACCCAACCACGGCGUCUCCUCCAACAAGGCGGUGUGUGUGUGCGCGUGUGAUGACCGGUUAAGGAGGAGGAGGAGGAGGAGAACGAGGCAUCGGUCUGAGACCAGAUUUUUGUCGUGGAUAUUUCCACAGAGACGUCGCGUCGGUCAGUUAACGGGGCUGCGUGCCUCCGGGUUCCCCGCUCCAUCUUUUUUUCUACCUCCACCUCAGACUGAGCUGACCCAGAAGGCCCUCCAUCCGCGGAGCAUCGAUGGUAUUUUUUUAUUUCUGUCUCCUGAUAUGGAGUGUGAAGAUGUGGAUUACGAUCACCGAGGAAUCCCCGCUAGUUUAGCCGCCGCCAUGCUUCCAUUCUGCUCGUCAAUGCAGGGAUAGGGUGAACUAUGAGCACGCUGCGUCUGCUCAGCGGGAUAAAAGCUGGUUUCCUGAGCUCCACUGGACUCCCGUUAGGAAGCGUGAGAGCAGCCUGGCUAGUCUGCGGCUAUUAGCUCCUUUAGCCGGCUAACGGCUACAAGGUGGGAUAUUGGGGGCAGAAAUAGUUUUUUUUUGUCCGCAGUGGUUGGGUUUUCCCCGCGGAUCCACAUUCGCAGCUCAUUUUUCCGCAGGUUUUAGGCGUUCAGCGAUGGAAGGGAGCUGCCUGACCUUGUUCGGGGGUCUGAUGCUGGCGCUGUCCUGCUGCCUUCGGCCCGCCGCCGCUGACAUCUGCACUCCCAGUAUCGACAUUGGGAAUGACAUCAGUGAAUUCAAACAGCUGGAGAACUGCACGGUGGUGGAGGGCUACUUGCAUAUCCUCCUCAUCGGGGAAAAAAACAACAACAACGUGAACCAGGAAGUCUUCCGCACCCUCAGCUUCCCUAAGCUGACUAUGAUAACAGACUACCUGCUUCUGUUCAGGGUUUCAGGCCUGGACAGCCUAAGCACGCUCUUCCCCAACCUGUCCGUCAUCCGGGGCCGUAACCUCUUCUACAACUACGCCCUGGUGAUCUUUGAGAUGACCAGCCUGAAGGAUAUAGGCCUGUACAGCCUAAGGAACAUCACCCGGGGGGCCAUCCGCAUCGAGAAGAACCCAGAGCUCUGCUACCUGGACUCUAUAGACUGGUCCCUCAUCAUGGACGCCGAGUUCAACAACUACAUCGCCGGAAACAAGCAGUCCAAGGAGUGCAGCGACGUUUGCCCAGGCAUCAUGGAAAAUAGUCCCAUGUGCAAAAAGACCAUGUUUAACAACAACUACAACUACCGCUGCUGGAAUUCCAACCAUUGCCAAAAAGAGUGUCCAGAAACUUGUGGCCGGCGAGCGUGCACAGCCGACGGCAAGUGCUGCCAUCCUCAGUGUCUGGGCAGCUGCACGCUUCCUGACGACGAAAUGGCAUGCGCUGCAUGUGUACAUUACUACCACGAUGGAAGAUGCGUGGCCGACUGCCCUCCAGGCACGUACAGGUUCGAGGGUUGGCGCUGCAUCACUGCUGAGUUCUGCUCCAAAGUUCACCUUCCGGAGUACUAUACCUUCGUCAUCCAUGGAGGAGAGUGCAUGUCUGACUGUCCGCCCGGAUACACCCGAUCCACACCCGACAGCAUGUCGUGCCAGGCCUGCGAUGGCGUUUGUGACAAAGUUUGCGACGGGAAGGUCAUCGACUCCAUGGAUGCUGCGCAGUCUCUCAAAGGCUGCACCGUUAUCAAAGGCGACCUGCAAAUCACCAUCCGUAGAGGCCAUAACAUGGUAGCAGAAUUGGAGAGCUUCACGGGUUUGAUCCAGAGGGUGACGGGUCAUGUCCGGAUCAGACAUUCACACACUCUGAGCUCACUGGCCUUCCUCCGCAGUCUGAGAUACAUUGAUGGAGAAAGUCUUCAUGACGACCUGUAUGCCUUCUCAGCAUUCGACAACCAGCAGCUCCAGUAUCUCUGGGACUGGAAGCAGCACAACCUGACCAUAAGAGCGGGCAAGCUGUUCUUCCGGGCCAACCCAAAGCUUUGCAUGUCUGAGAUCCGCAAGAUGUGGGAAAAGACGGGCAUCCAGAGCCCCUUUGAUGAGACAGGCUUCCGGAACAACGGCGACAGAGCGAGCUGUGAAAGCACCAUCCUGCAGUUUACGUACAACAGCACCAGCAGCACCAGGAUCAAGCUGACCUGGCAGCGCUACCGACCUCCCGACUACAGAGACCUCAUCAGCUUUAUAGUCUACUACAAGGAGGCGCCAUUCCAGAACAUCACCGAGUUUGAAGGCCAGGAUGGCUGCGGUUCCAACAGCUGGAAUAUGGUGGAUGUGGAACUGAGGCCCGAUAAGGAAACGGACCCCGGCGUUCUGCUUUCAGGCCUUAAACCAUGGACGCAGUACGCCAUCUUUGUUAAAGCCAUCACCCUCAUGGUGGAGGACAAACACAUGCCUGGGGCCAAGAGCAAGGUGGUCUACAUCCGCACCAGCCCCUCUGCGCCCUCCAUGCCUCAGGAUGUGCGGGCCUAUUCUAACUCCUCCACUCAGCUGGUGGUCCGCUGGUCUUCUCCCGUCUCCCCCAACGGAAAUCAGACUUACUAUUGGGUGAAGUGGCAGCAACAAGCUGAAGACAAGGAGCUUUACCAGCAUAACUACUGCUCAAAAGAGCUAAAGAUCCCAAUUAGGAUUGCUGCCACGGGGAUUGGAGACCAAGAGGAGGACACAAAGCCCACUAAACCGGAUCCUGAUGGAGCAGACAAAGGUCCUUGCUGCCCCUGCCCCAAAUCAGCAGAAGAUCUGGAGGCUGAAGCUGCAGACGCCUCCUACCGAAAAGUCUUUGAAAACUUUCUCCACAAUUCAAUUUUUACUCCAAGGCCUCAAGAUCGGCGGCGCAGAGAUCUUUUUGGCGUGGCCAACUUCACCCGAGCGCCACGCUUCCAGCUUUAUACCAACAGCACCGUGGUUCCCCCCCUUCAGGCCGCUGGUAACGGCAGCGUCUCUGUCCCCGAGCCCGCCGACCAAGAGUAUAUUAUCAUGGAGCAAACGGUGACCGAGCGCGAGCUGCAGAUAUCAGGCCUGGAGCCUUUCACGGUUUACCGCGUCGACAUUCAUGCCUGCAACAGCCAAGUUCACCAAUGCAGCGCAGCUGAGUUCGUCUUCUCCAGGACCAAGCCAGCAGAAAAGGCUGAUGACAUCCCAGGCCCGGUUAACUGGGAGGGCCAAGAGGACUGGGUGUUCCUGCGCUGGCCGGAGCCCACGCGGCCAAACGGACUCAUCCUCAUGUACGAGAUCAAGUUCAAGCAGGCGGGAGAGGCGGAGAAACACGAGUGCGUUUCUAGACAGCUUUAUCGAACCCAGCGCGGCAUUCGCCUGAACAACCUCAACCCAGGAAACUACUCGGUCAGAGUGAGAGCCACGUCGCUGGCUGGAAACGGCUCCUGGACGCAAAGCCUGCACCUCUACGUGGCUGAAAGUUACGAAAACGUCUUUGCUAUGAUCUUCGUCCCCAUCGUCAUCAUCAUCCUGAUCUGCUCUUUGGUCUCCAUGCUGGUCGUCCUCAACAGGAAAAGGAACAGCGACCGGCUCGGGAACGGAGUCCUCUACGCCUCGGUCAACCCGGAGUACUUCAGCGCUGCAGAAAUGUAUGUACCAGAUGAGUGGGAGGUGGCCCGGGAGAAGAUUUCCCUGUGUCGGGAGCUGGGCCAGGGGUCCUUCGGGAUGGUUUACGAAGGCUUGGCUAAGGGUGUGGUCAAAGACGAGCCGGAGACACACGUCGCCGUCAAGACUGUAAACGAGUCGGCCAGCAUGAGGGAGAGGAUCGAGUUUCUCAACGAGGCAUCUGUUAUGAAGGAGUUUAAUUGCCAUCAUGUGGUGCGUCUCCUCGGUGUGGUUUCCCAAGGCCAACCCACCCUGGUCAUUAUGGAGCUGAUGACGAAGGGAGACCUGAAGAGUUACCUUCGCUCACUGCGUCCUAAAGAGCAACAGUUUUCCAGCCUGUCUCUCCCUCCGCUGAAAAAGAUGCUUCAGAUGGCGGGACAGAUCGCCGACGGCAUGGCUUACCUCAACGCCAACAAGUUUGUCCAUCGAGAUCUGGCCGCCAGGAACUGCAUGGUGGCCGAGGACUUCACUGUCAAGAUAGGAGAUUUCGGGAUGACCAGAGACAUCUAUGAGACUGAUUACUAUCGCAAGGGGGGGAAAGGUUUGCUCCCUGUCCGCUGGAUGUCCCCGGAGUCUCUGAAGGACGGCGUUUUCACUACAAACUCAGAUGUCUGGUCCUUUGGGGUGGUGUUGUGGGAGAUUGCCACCCUGGCAGAGCAGCCCUACCAGGGUCUGUCCAAUGAACAAGUCCUUCGUUUUGUAAUGGAGGGAGGCCUACUGGAGAAACCACAGAACUGUCCAGACAUGCUGUUUGAGCUGAUGCGGAUGUGUUGGCAGUUCAACCCUAAAAUGCGUCCCUCCUUCGUGGAGAUAAUCGGCAGCAUAAAGGAUGAGCUGGACCCGUCUUUCAAAGAGGUUAGUUUCUACUACAGCGCCGACAACAAGCCCCCUGAAGCUCCGCAGCUCCACCUGGACAAGCUGGGUCACACAGUGGAUGCUGGCCUGGAUCCUUCUGCCUCCACGCAGCAGACCCCCCCUUCCCCCGGCUCGGAGGGCCCACCCGCUCCGCCACAGGCCCCCAGCUCCCCCUCCUCUCCCUGCACAUCCAGCGCAGCGAAGGUCCCGGAGCCGUCAGGCCAGCAGGCAGCGAACGGACUCUCGGGAACGGGCCUUCCUGCGAGCGCGGGACCAGCGGCCGGGUCGGGCUCCAACAUGCGGCCGUCCCUGGACGAACUGCCGCCGUACGCGCACAUGAACGGAGGACGCAAGAACGAGCGCGCCAUGCCCCUCCCACAGUCCUCAGCCUGCUGAUAGAGCAGGCUGUGAAGCGUCCACCCACCCCAAGAACAAAUCCUAUUGAGACUUUCCCUACAGGAUGGAUGUAGGCAUUUGGACACCAGAUUAAACUUUCAGAGUUACUGUCCUGCUGUGAGGCCGCACACCUUCUGUUCUUUUUUGUUGUGUUUUUUUUUUUUUUGAAUAACCUACUCGUCGGAGUUUGUACCCGCUGGCUGUCAUUUGUGACACCGCUCCUAUUGCUGAGCGGAAAGAUAAAAAAAAAAAAAAAA